UCGUGUGCGUAAAGUUUAGUUUGCGGAUAAUUGUUAUUAAGUUUCGGAAACAAACGAAAAAUGUUACAAAUAAGAAAUGCAUGUGAUCGAAGGUAAUAAUUGGAUCCGUCGUAUUCCAAUUGUUCAAUUACUAACGUGACGCUAGUUUUAGUUAUAACAAAGUUUCCUGAUUUCUUGUCAAUUUGUUUUCAAGGCAUGAGACAAAGAAACAUAGGAGAAAACGUACAAGAAGUGCAAAGAAUGCGUAAAGACAACGUAAGAACCGAUGAUUUUGUUGUUCCUUGUAUGCAACUUAUUUUGCACAAUCGAGAGGCAGAGUAAAGUUUUUCAAAUUAAAUUGCAAAUGUGGUAAAAAAAUUGUGCUUUUACAAGUAAAUGCAGCAGUUCCACCUAAUUCCGAUUGUAACAUCAGGUUUUUGUGACAGUCUAAACGGCGUGAACAAAACAGUAGGCGAAACCGAUAUGUAAAGGUAGACAACGCACAGAACUUUUGAGACAACCCACUGGAAUGGUGUUAUUUUGCCAAUUAAAUCGUAUGAACGAAAGGAAAAUAUUAGUGUGUCGUUCGUAACGUCUAAAUUACCGGUAGUGGCGAAGUGGCAGUGCAUACAAGUGUGGGUGGUGGGGCAACGACAAGCGAGAGUGAUUACGAAUAAAAGUGAAAGUUGAUGAAAUAGUAAAUAUGCUUGACGCCAAGGCGCACAAUGAAUGCGCCUUGCUCCACGCUCUUUACAUAUGGGCAGGGUCAUCCAUGUUCCAAAAACUAUUCAAUUUUUCAGUUGCUUAUGGCUAAAGUUUUUAAAUUAGUUAACCACAUAAUUUGAUUACCGCAUGAAAUUAGGAACUGAUCUCCAUUAUUUCAGUCAUCAGUUUCAAGUUAUUUAAAAUUGUUAAUAUGCCUUCACUUUAAUUAGUAUUUAUAUUAGAAGCUUAUUAAAAUACACUUGUAAACUUUAAUUUGCACGACGCCGAGCAGCAAAAAAAGCUUAAAAUCUCUAGCGAACGAACGCUUUGCCAGACGAUAAUAGCAAAGAGAACAUAUUUUAAUUUAUUGCAAAAUUUUCCCCCAGGCAAAUACAUUCUACAAAGGUGAUAUCGCUUAGAGAUGUAGCCAAGAUCAGACCGUUAACCGGCUCUCAGUGACUAUGAAAGAAUCAGCUGACACGGCUGACACAGCUGAUUGGCUGUUAAAAAAAAAAGAUUGUGUUGGAGACAUAUGCAAAAAUUAACACAGCCUCCGCUCAUCUUACUUCUUUGCCAUCUCAACAACCAUGGUGAAAGAACUUAAGGAGGUAUGCUCAAUACCCACCGUUAACCGGCUCUCAGUUAAUUUGAGAGAAUCAGCUAAUUGGCUAACGUAACCGGGGACACACAGCCUUCGCUCACAUCGCUCCGUUUCCAUCUGCACAACGUCUGAUUGGACGAAUGUGUGAAAACGUGUGAAAUGAGCGGGUAGAUUUCUGCUACUGAGCCCCCGGAGACGUGGCAGUCGCAGUUACUAUCACAAUUUUGGUUUUCAUGAUGGCCAAAUAAGAUGCUGCUCCACCAACAAAACAAUCGAUUUAUUACAACCAAAUUUAUAUAAAAAAUAUUUUCCAAUUUUCUGCAGUAAUCGCCUAAUAUAAACGCAGUAGAGCUUAUUUCUAUGAGGCCAUCUUAAAAAUAGGCUUCAUGUGCUUAAGCUAGAAAUUAUUGUGGCUUUGUUAAAUUAGACCAAAACAGUAAUCUGGUUGUUGUUGUUGUAGUAGCAUAAACAUUCACCAUACAUUGAAUUCCCCUUCAAAAUAGGUGAUUAUUUUACAUUUAAAAAAGGUACUCGAACUUGAAAACCAUGAUUCGACACAAACAUACAUACAAGUUUCGUGCAUAUGUAAUGAGAGCAUCAAGCUAAGGUCAAUGGAAACCAUGAGGAAAAGAGCUCUAACAUCUUAGUUAUAUAUAUACGUACAUAUGUGCACAUCUAAAUGCACUUCUGAUAUAGUUAUUAAAAAAAAAAGUUAUUAAAAAAAAUAGUUAUUAAAAAAAAAAAAUUAUUAGUAAGUUGCCCAAAAUUAUCAUGCCUUUUUAAUGAAAAUGUCCUCACACUAGGCAUAUUUAUGUAAUGUGUGCUAUUAACCGUGUAUUUGUGUAUGUGCGCUCGAAGUGAAAGUUCAGAAAACUAGAAUUUAAUUAUCCACUUAAUGUUAAGUGAGAUAAUUCAUAAAUAAAAAAACUAAUUCAAGUUAUCUAAAAUCGUGAAUAUUUAGAAAAUAAAAAUUAGUUAUCUCCUUGAUGUUAAAUGAGAUAAAUAAUAAAAAAUAAAAACAAAUUUAACGCCUUGCAAACCGCGAAAGCGCUUUUUCACAAUAAACCCGCCGAUUCCGAAAAUGACUGAAAUAGCGUUCAGUAAUUGCAGCAGCUAUAAAAAAUAAGGGUAAAUGGUUUUAAGUGCGCCAAAGAAGUGUAAAAUAAAAACGCCAAAGGAUACAGCGCAACAGCAGUUUAUGGUAUCAACCUUUGCCUACUUCCCAGCGAAUGUUAAGAGCUUCAUGUUUCGCAAGAUUUAUCAUUGAAAUUCAAUCAAUCGUCUCAAUUAUACCCACAUCAACAGUACAGAAGAUAACGAAUUGUCAAAGCCCCGAGAUAUGUACCUACACAUGUGACGGCUGGUCAGUAGUCAAUUGACAAGCUGCGCAUUCAGUUGAAGCGUAACGAGCCAACCAACAGCGUGAAACAGCUGGAAGGCGGAUUAGAGUGAGUGACGCGGCAGAUGAAAAUAAAAGAGAUAUGAAAUGUGAAACGCUUUUUGCAAACGGAGUUUGAAUGGAGAUCUACAUGUAGUAGAUAUGAAUGUAUGUAUGUGCACAUAUAUAAAUCCUAUGGGAUACAGUGUGGCAAAAUACGAUAUUGGUGUAAACUGAAUAUUAAAAAAAAGAAAUUCAAACUGACAGCGAACUACAGUAACUACAACAAUAAAUGUAUUGGCAAGUGUUAUAAAAAAUAUAUGUAUACAUAUUUUUUCGCUCCAAAUGCAUCGGAUUUCGUAAAUGAUUAUGAAAUGAAACUUGACAGCUUGCAACAUGUGGACUUCCACACAACGAAAUACAAUAAAUAAAGACACGAAAUGUGGCGGGCGACAAAAAAACCAUCAGACGCUGGAAACAAUUGCUAUUCAAAUGUACGAUUCGUGGCAAAGUGUAUCGAUGAUUUGACCAGGGCUGUUGGUGUACAAAAUGGCCAUAGCGCAUGCGCAACGGCAAAGUGUUGAAUAUGUAAAAAUUUGGAAACAUAUCAAAUGGCGGCGAGACUUUACUGACUAACAAAGUGAAGAAUUGUGAGAAAAACGAAGUAUAGUUAGUAAGUGGCAAAUUGGCGUAUUUCGUGAGAUAAAAGUGAAAAUUUUAAAUAUAAAUUUUUUAAAAUAAUUGUGUAAAAGUGUAAAUGUGUAAGUGUGUGCUUUAAAAGGAGUAUAUUCUCUAUGGACUUCUUUGCUUUGCGUCGCCCGUGCAAAACUGUAAUAAUUUUCAAGUGCCGUACUUAAUUUGAAUCAAGAUUUAAAACACUGUUGUGAUAAAUGAUCGAAAACAGAAAUAAAUCAAAGCACAGCUCAAAGUAAAGCAAAGCCAAGUGAAAGCCAAGUCAAAACGACUCAAGCUUUCGGUGCCAUAAGUAAUACUAAACGUGAGGAUUAACCCUCAAAGUGACACUAUUUGGACGUUACGAAAUUGAAUAAGCUUCGAAACAUAUUUUACCGCUGGCAAUAUAAAAAAACAGCAAAAAUCGCUAUACGCAAAUGAACAACGCCACCACCGACCAAAGGUUCCAAAACGAAAACUGUCAAAGCAAAAUUAAAGCAAGAGAUCACAUAAAACUUAUCAAGAAAUACACAACAACAAACACCUUACCAAAUGACAAUAUUAAAUCGUCUGAGUCGUAGACGAAACAUCAACAGUGAUAACGGUAACAACGACUUUGCCGACGCUGAAUUAUUGCUGAUAGCAACAACAAAAACCACCACCAACUCAGCGCCAACACGAGACUUGAAAGUAGCGAGCGGUGACACAAGGAGCAGCGCGACAAGCGGUCGCAUAAAACGUUUGCGGCGACCAACAGCAGAAACGUCAGCGCUCAACCAACAACAACUGGCAACCAAACCGCUGACAACUACAAUAACAGCAAAAAUGAAUGUAGAUGCUGCUGCAAUAAAAGAAAAUCCACGAGGGCAUACAAGCGCCGCUCGUAUGAAUAAGUUUGUGCCCGGGAAAUCGCUCAAAUAUGAGCGACUCAUAAAUCAACCGAAACACGUUGUAAUAUCAACAACAACAACACGAGCGACAACAAACACAAAAACAGCUGACGACGUAUCAUCCAAAGCGGCACUAAAUGCUAACGGUAAUGAGUGGCUGGCACAAGAGCAGCAGCAGCAGCAGCCACAACAACACCGGCGCUUGGAAGAUCAAGCACCAGGAACACCCUGGUAUGACCCUUCAUCGUUAGUACAAUCUGCAAUGCCUGCAUCCACCGCCACCACACCACUAGGCACAGAAAUACCGACAGUGACGGCUAUGGCGACGGCGACAGGGGCAACAGCGGUGAUGAAAAAUUGGCAAACCCAUUUGGAAGGCGCGGAAAUGCAUUUAUCACCAGCAGCCAUAGCCACAGCCACAGCCAUGGACGUUGUGAAUGCGAAUGCCAAUGCACAUGCCAAACGCGGUAGCCGUAGAGGACAUGCCAAUGGAAAUGGUGGCAAUGGCUGGAGUGGCAAUUAUCAACAGCAGCAUCCGCAUCCGCCAGCAAUAACGCAGCCAAACACACAAAGUCGUGGUAACAAUGGCACCGGCUUUGGCAACACGAGCGGUAAUGGCAACAGUUAUGACAGCAAUACGAGCAGCAACAACAACAACGGCAGCAGCAGCGCUAGCAGCAACAGCAACAGCAAUAACAACGACAAUGGUAAUAAUUUGAAAUAUUUUGGCAAUGUCGAUGCCAGUAAUGGGACAUUUGCGUCCGAUACGGAUGCUUUGCUCAGCUCUGUGCUGCCAAGUGCCGAUAUCAUAGCGUCCGCCUACCAUCAGCAGCAGCAAACCACCAGCAGGCAUAGCAACAGCAAUGCCAACUUGGCGCGGAAUAGCAAAGGUUUCUACUACACCUCAUUCACCAAUAGCGACAACGUCGAUGCUACAGCCACAAUGCAACCCAACGCCUCAUUGUAUCACGACGCAACGAUGCCAUCGCCAGCGUAUUCUGCCUCCUCAGCUGCGUCGGGGUCGGGUUCUACGUACGGGUCAUCAUCCACCGCCAUUGCGUUGGCGUAUAAUUGUUGCAGUAAUUUAAUUGCCCGCUGCUGCUUCGGUAUGCCUCUGCUAAAGGCAAUCAAUGUGCGACGAUGUGUGUUGGCGUUGUUCGCCAUAACGGUCGUUACGAUUUUUUACUACACUCAUUACGUUGAUACGGGCGUUUUUGUUGGUUUAAUUCAGCGUGACACCCGCCCUUCACCUCUUAUUAACUGUCGCAUGGUUAGCGGGAAGCACACACGGGAAUCAUCAAGAGCGCCCGAUCAUCGUUCUGAGGCGCGACUGCGCAUCGAUCCGAAAGUGCUGGUAUUCGUGGAGACAACCUACUCAGGUCUCGGACGGGAUAUUGCCGAACUGUUGGUCUACAAUAGAAUAAAGUACAAAAUCGAAGUGGCUGGCAAAAGUCUUCCAGUGUUAACGAAUCUCGACAAAGGUCGCUAUGGUGUCAUCGUUUUCGAAAAUCUAGACAAGUAUUUGAAUAUGGACAAAUGGAAUCGUGAGCUGUUGGAUAAAUACUGUCGUGAAUACUCAGUAGGCAUAGUGGGUUUUGUUAGUCCGAGCGAAGAGACUUUGGUUGCGGCACAACUGCGCGGUUUCCCACUCUUCGUUCAUACAAAUUUGCGUUUACGUGACGCGAGUCUCAAUCCAGCUUCGCCAGUAUUGCGGUUGACACGAGCCGGCGAAACAGCAUGGGGUGUUUUGCCCGGAGACGACUGGGCUGUUUUUCAGCAUAAUCACUCCACUUAUGAACCAGUUGAGUGGGCUCAACGCAACACGCAGGACUACCCCUCGGACAGUGGUGGACAAGUGCAAUUACCGCUAACAACCGUGUUGCAAGAUCAUGGCCACUUCGAUGGUAUUCAGCGAGUUAUAUUUGGCAGCAGUUUGCGCUUUUGGCUGCAUCGCUUACUGUUUUUGGAUGCCUUGUCUUAUCUGAGCCACGGUCAGUUGAGUUUGAGUCUGGAUCGUAUGAUAUUAGUGGAUAUUGAUGAUAUUUUCGUUGGUGAAAGGGGCACACGACUGCGGCCGGAUGAUGUGCAGGCGCUGAUAGCCACACAACGAAUUAUAGCAGGAAUGGUGCCAGGUUUCCGCUUCAAUUUGGGUUUCUCAGGCAAAUACUAUCAUCAUGGCACACGAGAAGAGAAUUUGGGUGAUGAUUAUUUGUUGCGCAAUGUGCAAGAGUUCAACUGGUUUUCACACAUGUGGAAGCACCAGCAGCCGCAUCUGUAUGAUAAUCUGACAUUGCUAAUGUCUGAGAUGCAACUGAAUUAUGCGUUUGCGAAGGAACACAACAUUCCCACUGACUCUGGUUACUCCAUAUCGCCGCACCAUUCAGGUGUUUAUCCGGCGCAUGAGAUACUCUAUGUAGCCUGGAAGAAAAUAUGGGAUGUAAAGGUCACUUCCACCGAGGAGUAUCCACAUUUGCGGCCUGCUCGAUUACGACGAGGCUUUAUACAUCGCAACAUCAUGGUGUUGCCACGACAGACGUGCGGCCUUUUCACGCACACCAUGUAUAUCGAUCGCUAUCCAGGCGGUCGCGAUAAGCUCGAUGAAUCGAUACAAGGUGGUGAACUCUUUCAAACAUUAGUUUAUAAUCCUAUCAAUAUCUUCAUGACGCAUAUGUCGAACUAUGGCUCAGAUCGGCUGGCAUUGUAUACGUUUCAAUCGGUGAUAAAGUUCCUGCAGUGUUGGACUAAUUUGAAAUUGGGCUCGGCGCCGCCUAUUCAACUAGCAGAAAUGUACUUUCGUCUUCAUCCCGAAGAGGUUGAUCCCAUUUGGGGCAAUCCAUGUGAUGAUCCACGCCAUAAGAAAAUCUGGUCGAAAACGAAAAACUGUGAAUCGCUACCAAAAUUUCUAGUGAUUGGUCCACAGAAGACGGGCACCACUGCCCUCUAUACAUUCCUCUCCAUGCACUCAAGUAUCACAAGUAACAUACCAAGCCCCGAUACCUACGAAGAAAUACAAUUCUUCAACGGCAAUAAUUACUAUCGCGGUUUGGAUUGGUACAUGGAUUUCUUCCCGACCGAGCCAAAUACCACCGCGACUACCACACCUCACUACAUGUUCGAGAAAAGUGCUACUUAUUUCGAUGGUGAGGCGGUACCGAAACGUGCACAUGCGCUCCUGCCACAUGCGAAAAUCGUAUCGAUCCUCAUCUCGCCGGCGAAACGUGCUUACUCUUGGUACCAACAUCAACGAGCGCAUGGUGAUGCGAUCGCGAAUAACUACAGCUUCUAUCAGGUAAUCACAGCAGGCGAUUCGGCACCCAAAGCUCUAAAGGAUUUGCGCAAUCGUUGCUUAAAUCCCGGCAAAUAUGCUCAACAUCUGGAACAUUGGCUGGCCUACUAUCCCGCCCAGCAAUUGCAUAUUAUCGAUGGUGAACAGUUGCGUCUCAAUCCAGUGGAUGUGAUGAACGAUUUGCAACGUUUCCUUAAAAUCCAACCGACAUUCGAUUAUUCGAAUCAUUUGCGUUUCGAUGUGAAGAAGGGAUUUUUCUGUCAAGUGGUGAGCGAGAAGCGCAAUAAGUGUUUGGGCAAAUCUAAGGGGCGUCAAUAUCCAUCGAUGGACGAACGUAGCACCAAGUUACUGCAACGCUAUUAUCUAAGCCACAAUACAGCGCUGGUGAAAUUGCUCAAGAAGCUGGGUUCUCGACCCAUACCACAAUGGCUGAAAGAUGACCUCUCAACGGGCACGUGAUAGUUAAUGCGUUUCCGAUGACAGCACAAUAAAUUGCGAAAACAAUUCGAAUUGGUAUACAUACGACUCAAACAACAAACUGAUAUGGAAAACGAGGCGAUAUACGAGGAUGAAACGCCUAAAAGUGUACAAUAUAGACAUCACAGACGUAACAGCUGGACGCGAUUUAAGCGAAAUUUAUAAAAAGCAACGAUGCGACGAUGCGGUGAAAGCAGGUAAAAGCCGUAAAUAAAAAUUGGCAUUCAUAGAUAAUUGGCAAAUUAACAGUUACGGAUAGUUGUGCGUGAACAACAGGCAACUAAGAGAAUGGGACAAAAUUAGAUCGAAGGCGUGAGAGGACGCCGUUAGAGUCAAUAUUUAGUUGAUAAUAAGCAAUAAACACUAAAAAAAAAGCAAAAAAAAAUAUGUUAAAUGUAUGUAAGUUUGUAUACGAGUAAUAAACGAGGUUAAUUUAGUUUUAUUUAAUAAAUAGUCAUAUGAAUGUAUGCUAAGAGAAGCCGAGGCAGUCAAAAAAUAGACGCGAACUGCAUUUUAUGUAAUUAGAAUAGUAUUUACGCUUAUAUGUAUGUAGUUGUGUGUGCACACAUUUGAAUAUGGCUAUGUAAAUACUGCAAAAUAUUGUCUAAUUGAGGUCAUGUGCAUAGUGUAUAAAUAUAUAUAAAUAUGAAUAUGGAUAGGCUAAUUAGGUGCAUACAAAUAAUAUAACAUACAAAUGUAAAAAUUAGUACAUAUCUUAUGGGUAGUGAUUGUUGUAAUUGUUGUAAUUGUAUAUUCAACUGUAACUGUAAUCAGCAACUUUAAUUUUGAGCCUAAUUAUGUAAAUACGUGGGAAACGAACCACAUUGCAGACUGGAAAAAGGUACACUACCGUUACGAGCAAAAGUAGGAUUUCGCAGCUGUUCCUGAACUGAGCUCGAAUAGACAUUUUUUUUUAUCAGAUUUGAAUUAUAUCGUAGAAACUAGUAUUGUAGGUUUAUUAUAUACAUUGAGCUGAAAAAAGCAUGAACAUGGGUCCGCAGGCACAGUGAAGGACUUAAGCUUACAUACCACAGCGUAUUUUAUUAUUUCCCAGAAGGUAUAUAAGCGGCCACCGUAGUUGACUACCAUUCGGAAGUCAGAGAGAAUGUAGGUUCGAAUCACGGUGGAGGAUCAAAAUAAAGAAAAAGUUGUUUCUAAUAGCGGUCGCCCCGCGGCAGCCAAUGGCAAACCCCCGAGUGUAUUUCUGCCAUGAAAAAGCUCCUCAUAAAAAAUAUCUGCCGUUCGGAGUCGGCUUGAAACUGUAGGUCCCUCCAUUUGUGGAACAACAUCAAGACGCACACAACAAAUACCCAUACAAAUCAAACUCCAAAGGUGUGAUAUCACACGGUUUUGGUGACCACUCCACUGGUCCGAGAUGAGAGACAAAUUGCUCACCGAAAAGACGAAGCAGUAAAUCCAUUGUUUCACGAGCUGUAUGACAAAUAGCGCCGUCAUAGUGGAACCAAAUGUUCAUAUGAUCACGGUCUUCGAUUUCCGGUGUCAAAAAGCCGUUUGCCACUGGCGUCAGCCUCGCCUUUGAAUAAAUAUGUCACGAUGUUUCCUUCAGCCCAUAGGCCGCACUAAACGGUGUUUUACAAUGGACAGAGCCACCAUUACAUUCUUGACUUGUCUCGCGUUGCUCUUUAGCCCAAAUUCGGCAAUUUUGCUCUUUCGCGUAGCCAUAGUACCUCCAAUCUGAUCACUCUUUAGUAUACCGAUUGAAAAUAGUAUACCCUUUCUUCAUUUCAAGAUUGGUGCUUUUGAGUAAACGUCAAUAUGGGCGUAUGUAUAGUUCCUUGCAUAUGAGACAAGACUGCGUUUCAAUUUAUUUCCAGCCAGACAUUAAUUUUGCAUGCGUUUCCAAUUCAUUCAAAUUCAAUUCUCUCCUAAUAAGGCCCUUCUCUUUCGAUGCUAAAAUUUUCCUAUAUCUCUGUGCUACCUUCUGGCAACUGGUCAUCAAAAUAGAUGCAGAUUUAUUAAAAGUUUAGUGAUAAAAUAGUAUACCUAAAAAAUAGUUAGAUUAGUAAUUGCACACCUCAGAGCAUGCAACAGUUUUCAAAGCCUAUUUUUUUACACCUUUACUAUACUUUUUGUUCACAUACUUGAUUCUUCCGAAGCUACUUCAGAUAUAAAAGCUAGUGAAUGAAUCUACCAAACUUUGACUGAACUCAGUGGACGAUUUAGCGUGCAAUUCAUGUUGGACAAAUAUAUAAAGGAAAAAUUCAUUUUAAAGUACAAAAAAAACGCAAUACUUUUUAAUAUUUGAAACACAAGUUGAGUAGUUACUCGUGGACGACUUCUUCCAUCAAAUGCUUGUAAAGUAGAAAUACCUAGAUGCACCUCUAAUUGUGCAUUUUGCAUCUGGUGCCGUACUAGUUUCUCCCUGAAAUAACAGUUCAAGAACUGAAAUGUUCGAUGAGUAGUUGGGUUUUAACUAUAGUGCACUAAUAGGAAAGUUGGAUACACCUUGAAAUGAUGGUUUUGAAACUGGUUGUAUACUAUCUACUCUAGGACUAGUUUCACUACUUCCAUAACAUGCUUGUAGGGUAUAAAUAUUUUAAUUGAUUGCAUCUGUAGUUGUUUAUUUUACAACUGGUCCACAACUAGUUACACUGGGACUAGUCCGAUUACUUCCAUAAAAUGUUUUUAGAGUAUAAAUAAAAGAAAUGACUGCAUCUCUCACUGAUCAUUUUUCAACUGGUGAUGUUCUAGUCACUCUCAAACUAGUAUGACUUCCUCCAUCAAAUACCUGUUCAGGAACUGGAAUAUUCUAUCAGUAGUUUGGCUUCCAACUCUAGUGCACUAAUAGGAGAAUUAAAUAUAGCUUGAAUUUGUUUCGUUUUGCAACUUGUGCUGCUCUAGUCACUCUCAAACUAGUAUGACUUUCUCCAUCAAUUACCAGUUUUUGAGCUGAAAUGUUUGCUGAUUAGUUGAGGUUUUCUCUUCAUGUUUUUUUUGCAUACCCUAAAUGGUCACUUUCCAACUAGUACAAAUCUAACUACAUUGGAACUAGUAUUCCUUCUGCCAUGAAAUAC